AUGCCUGUCUCUCCCGAAGCCCUCACCCUCACCCUAGCAGGGUUCAUGAGUGGUUACUAUUUCAGUGGCGCUUUUGUCUUCAUGCCCGCGGUACAAAAGGCGCCAUCACCUCUAAUCGCCCAACAAUGGAAGCACGCCUGGGACGUCAGUCGAUAUGUCGGGAAGAUUGUCGUUACCGGCACUGCUACCAGCUUCGCUUAUCUGGCCUAUUCAGAGCCCACGAAGGCUGAAAAUUACCGGUUCCUAUUGUUUGUCGCUGCAGCUGGUAUCGUCGGGGCAAUCGUGCCGUACACCAUCUUCGUGUCCUACCCGUUCAACGAGGCGAUCAACGGGCAGCUUGGAGCUACUGGAGGCGAGAAGACGGACUUGAAGAAGCUCGUAGCGGACUGGGGUCGGACCGAUUGGAAGAGAUCAUUCCUUGCCUUUGUUGGAACUUUUGUUGGAGUGUGUGGUGCGCUGGCUUGA